CCGGUGGGGCUCGAUUGGUGUUGAUUCAUCACGCAGUGACGUCCGUUUUGCUCGCACACGUGCUGAGACGACCGGAGCGGGCGAUGGAGACGUGUCGAAACGGGUUGGUUGAGGCGAACACGUUGCUGUUGAUAUUGCGAAGACGGUCGCCGCGGGGAAGUCGCGCGAACGCGUUUUGGAAUCUUAUGUACCUCACGACGUUGGUACCGGUGAGGUUCGUGUGGCAACCGAUGUUGUUCGUGCGGCUCGUGGCGUUGACGUCGAACGAUAAAGCGCUCGAGCGGUUCGAAGUCUUGGGAGCGCAGGCGUUUCUGUUGGGCUUCAACGUGUGGCUCGUCGCUAGACGCCGGAAUUCGAGCGCGAAUGCGAAUACAACGAAAAAAGGGGAAAAGAUUUCGUAA